CAGUGUCUUCGGCAGUUCAAGGUUCUCCGGGCAUCGGAGGUGGAGCGAGCAAUUCACUUCAAGUGGAAACGACUACCAGAGGUCCCCAUUUUGAUGCGAACGCAUCCAAAAAUGUUACAGCUCUUUUAGGAAAAACCGCCUACUUAAACUGUAGAGUUAAAAACUUGGCCAACCGAACGAUGUCUCCUCAGGUGUCAUGGGUGCGACAUCGAGACGUCCACCUCCUAACUGUUGGAAGGUACACCUACACCAGCGAUCAGAGGUUUAGAGCGAUUCACCAGCCUCACUCCGAAGAUUGGACCUUACAAAUUAAAUAUCCACAGCAUCGAGAUUCCGGAGUUUAUGAAUGUCAAGUGUCAUCCACUCCUCACCUAAGCCAUUUUAUUCAUCUGACCGUUAUUGAACCGGAUACAGAAAUCGUCGGAGGUCCAGAACUAUUUAUUGACAGAGGCAGCACGAUAAAUUUAACAUGCGUAGUACGUCACAGUCCCGAACCACCUGCCUAUAUUUUUUGGAAUCACAACGAGGCGAUAAUCAGCUACUCAAGCUCACGGGGUGGCGUAAGCGUAGCCACAGAGCGUGGCGAAACCAGCCGAAGCGUACUCCUAAUCCAAAAAGCACGUCCUUCUGAUUCUGGAAAUUAUCAGUGUAAUCCUUCGAAUGCCAGGCCAGCCAAUGUCACUGUUCACGUAUUAAAUGGAGAACAUCCUGAGGCGAUGCAACACGGUGGUAACCAGCGCAUGGGGCCCUCCAUUGGAAUCCUGGCCUUUAUAGCAUAUAUUUUAUUGGCGUACAGUUAAAUUUGGAAAUGCGAUGAGGAAACAAAAGACUUAUAAGUUUUAGUGAUUUGUUUUUAUCCCACUUCUUUUAAUUUCUUUUUAUAUACCUUAGGGACAACCAGUCGGGAAGAUUUAAAGUAGUAAUUGUGAUGCAAUAUGAUACAUUUUAGUGAACAUAUUCAUUAAUUCCUCGAAGUAUUCAACAACUACUGCCUUUAAACUAAAAUUUGUUAAUUUUGAUGGCUGUUCAUUUAGCAGGGAACUUCUUGAGACAUUUGGCUCUCCAGAAUAUUAAUGAAAAUUACAUAUUGUCUACUAGUUGUAAAUUUUAAUUUUAUAAUUAUUAGCGCCUCUCCACCACUUCAUUUACAGGUUUCGUAAUAAAUGGUGCCUAUUUGCAUUCAGUACAUUAACAAAACUAGGUUUUUUUGAAAAGAAAGAUAGAUAAAGAAAGAUUAAGGUGAAGGAGAGAAACUUAUUAUUCUAAUUCCUUACAAGAGAGAUUUAAUUUAAUUUUGAAAUUAACUAUAUUAAAACAAACGAGUUGAUUGCUACUAUAGCUGAUCCUCUGCUAUAUAUAAUUUAUUGUUCUUUGCUAUUCUGGUUUAUUUGUCCUAAAAAAGGCAAUAAAUACCAUUCUAAAUUCUAUUAAUUUCCGACUUGCGAAAUAUCCCGAGGACCUGUUCUGCUGAAUACCUCAAAAGUACUAACAUGAGUGAAGAAGUGGCAGAUAAAUGUAAUUGAAAUAUACAAACGAUAAUUUAAAGGCUGAUUGGAAGCUUCAUGAGAAGAUAUAUAAUGAAACCAAUUUUAUUUUUUGCCGCCUUUUUGUUACUAACUACUCUUUCGAUAUUUAAAUUUUACAAUGACAGAUAACUUAAAAAGUCUUUCAAAUUAUUAUAUAAUAUUUCUUAAGUUGGUUUUCUAUUCAUGGUAUUUUAAAAAUAGACUGACUUUAUUGGCUGACAAACCCACCUUUGCCUUCUUGGGCGCCGAUUCACCCCGAGAAAUCCACUGUUUUGAAUGCUGUUUGGUCUCCGGCGUGUUGUGGUGGAUCCACGUUUCAUCCACGGUGACGAAACGAUGCAAAAAUUCGUCCAUAUUGCGGUUGAAUAACGCUAAACACUCCUGGGAAAUUGUCACACGGUUGCGUUUGUGGUCAAUUGUAAGCAAACGCGGCACCCAUCUUGCGGAAAGCUUUCUCAUACCCAAUUGAUCAUUUAAAAUUGAAACUACUGAACCAUGUAAGAUGCCUAUGGCUUCCACAAUCUCUCACUUUCAAUCUCCGAUCGGCUAAAACCAUAUUGUGAAUUUUUUUAAUUGUUUUGGAUGUAGAGACCUCGACUGGGCGUCCAGAACGUUCGGCAUCUUCCGUGCUUGUACGGCCACAUCGACAUUUAUUAAACCACUUCUUUACCAUGGAAAUGGAUGGUGCAGAGUCCCCAUAAUAUUUAUCAAGCUUAGCCUUGGUUUGAGUGAUGGUUUUUUUCCGUAAAAAAAUAAUGCUUAAUGACACACGAAAUUCACUUUUUUCCAUUUUCUUCUCAAAACGAGUGGUAGUCUGCUAUCAACAGCUGUCAAACACAAACUAAAUGACGCAGCUUGUUCAAAUUUUGACAGGCGUCAACUGACAGUUCUCUGUUGACAGGAGCAGAGUUGCCAUUUCCAUUAAAGGGCGGGAAAUUCAAAAAGUCACGGACUUAUUGACCCGCCCUCGUAUGUUUGAAACUAGUAUUAGAACUAAGAUGAAAAUAGUAAUUGUACAUUUUUUAGUUAUUCUUGCUCGUUAGAUUAUUAUUCAGCAUUAACUUUUUAAUUGUACAUGAUCGGGUAAGACUUCUAGUGCUGAUAUGUCAACUUUGAGAAAAUAUGGUCACUUAGUGCGAGGUCUGGAGAGUAGAAUGAUCAAAAAUUUAAAAAAGAAGUUCUUGUUUUUUUGACAGAAUGAGGUUAGGCACCGUCAUAAAAUAGUAGGACUUUACGAUGGUGUAGCGCACACUUGUGUUAAGUGCAUAAUAAGUGCUUUUGAAAAAAAGUAAAAUGAAAAUUCAGGGAUCUAGAAAAAUAUAAUGAUAUUCAAAAUUUACUUCUAAAUAUAUACAAAAGUUGUUGUAGAUAUGUUUUUGAAGAAUUAUUGAUUAACAAACUAAGAUACAUAAUUUA